AUGGACUUUAGCUCCGUGCCCAGAUCCGGCGGAGCCAAGUACGGAGGAAGCGCAAGGAAGAGGGCUCGACUGUCCACCACCACCACCACCCGCGUCGACGAUCCCCUCACUCCGACGCUAUCCCGCUCAGGUCGCACCAGCAGCAGCAUCGAUAAGCGGUCGCUUAGGCAUACAGACAGGAACGAUCGUGCGACAUCUCCCGACGAGGAGGAGGAGGAGGAGGAUCCGCAAGGCGGUGUUGAUGCGCAUCCGUCGCCCUCUGCACGUCGAAAGCUUGCGUCUGCCUCUUCACCUGCUGCUUCGAGCAAGCAUGCGCUGGAUCUGCUCUACGACGAGUCCAGCCUGACUCGCCAUACCGUUAGUCGCCUCUCGGAUAGACUCGGCUCCAGUCGCUCUCGCCCGACACUCCAUCGCCACUCAUCAUCACUACAGCGCAUGCCCAAUGCCGCUUCUGAGUCGGAGUCGGCCCCCCCAGCAAGGCGAUAUGAUCAAGCACGGCAGCGUCAGCCUUCUCUACAGCUGUCGUCAGAACGAGAUGAAAGCGUCGUAGGCGAUGCGCACGAGGCGCACCACCAGUUGCGCCAGCCUACAGCAACUCUUCUGCCGCAGCCGCAUACGCGCAGCCCUGCUAGGCGAAUGGCCCAGAUCCCCACAACAUCGCUGAUGCAUCUUCACUCGCCUACGCCCGCCCCCUCGUCGAGCGCACAAAGCGCUGUUGGCGCAGUGCUCUCCAGUCCUAGCACAACGAACAAAGCACGUGACGGCGCCUUUGCAAUGGAGGUAGAUGCUUUGCUGGAUGCCACGGCUAGUAGGAGUAGCGCGCCUGUCCCUGCAACCCAACGCAAGAGUCUCGCUUCCAGGAUGGCUCCUCGCAAAGCGGCAAACGCUGGUCUAGACUCGAUGCUGAGCACAGAGUCGCAGCCGCUGCCACCAGUAGGCUCGCAAGAUGAAAGCAUGGACGCAUACCCGCACUCUGUGUGGAGGAACGCAGAGUCUCAACCAGUCGUCGCUCUGUCGCGCUCUCCAUCUCCAUGCUUGGAGCGACCUAGCGCUUCGCAGUCCAGUCCAAGCUCUACGCACACUUCGCCCGCCAAGUCCGCGCUGGCUCAGAGGAAACGCGCUCUGGGAGUGUCGGGAGUCGGUGCGAGAAGGACUUAUGCGGCUUCGAGGAGCUUCUUGGCGGAGGCCGACCCCGCCUUUUUGCCUCCGGAUGCUGAGCUCGAUCUCAACUCUGGUGUAGGUGACGCGGGUCAGCAAUCGGCCACCUCACCACAGCGAGAGGCACCGAGCACCAGCAGAGGCUUUCUUGCUCGUCACAAUCUAGCUGUUCGCGCAUCAUACAAGGAGUUGAAGGCCAAAUUUGCAGAGGGUGAUGAGGAGGAGGAGGAGGAGGAUGGUCCAGACGCUCCACGCAGAUCGCUGGCGCUUCGCUCCGUCACCAACCUCCGCUCAGCGGGUGAGCAGAGGCGCUUCGACGAUGAACUCGAGUACCUACUUUCAGGCCUGGACGCCAGUCAGCCACUCUCGCUUCGGCGCACUUCAUGCAUGGACAUCAUCAAGCGGAUAUGCACGAAAGAGGCAGCAGUCAAGAACGGCUUCUUGCGAGGCUUGCUCGCACACUCUGAUCAGGCUCGCAAUGGCAUCGUCCGGCUCUGGGAUUGCUUCCGCAGCGCUCGGGUGGAGAGCAUCACUGACGUCAUCUUGUUGAUGCACCUUGCUAGAGCCAGCGAGACCCAUGCGCUUGCCAAUGCGCUGUUGACUACUCGCUCAGAAGAGAUCACGGCCCUACUGCGCCGUGGGUUGGACCCCGCAGGACGAGGAGACGGAUCUGCUGAUCCCUUCGAUAAGCGCGGCCCGAACGGAGACUUGACCGCGCUCGCAGAUGGAAUACGAGAUUCCAGGAUCAUCUCGUCUCGCGAAAUGAGCCUCAGCCUACGCAAUCUCACUCUCUGCGUCAUCAUUCGCAUCUGCGCACUGCCUCUUCGACCAGGCUUUGUGCCAUAUGCAGCGCUCCUCGAGGAGGAAACCGACACGAAUGGACCAAGCCCUGUUCGCAUGAUUGUCGCUUGCCUCCGCCAUGAAGCAGUAAAAUGCCGCACGCGCCUGCAAGCCGCCUCAAGAGGCGUUGACAUUUUCUCGGCGAGGGAAUCUUCUAGUCAGCGGCCGGAUAUUCCAUUCGUCUGCCAAGCGCUUUUCCUCCUCGUUCGCGUGACGGAGCACGAUGAGCAAGCGAUUUGCCCGACGGAUGAACGACGGGACAUCGCAGAGCUCGUGCGCGACUUGUCCGCGCUGUUGUGCUUCCUGGAGUUGGCAGUGGCAAAGCAGAGCACGGCUGCUCCUGCGUCGCCCGUGAAGAUGACGCGCUCGCAGUCUCAAAGCCCUUCGAAACUUGCGCACGCAUCGCCCCACCGGCUUGAAGUCACUUCAGCUGAGGCUGUCAUCCAUCUAUUGGGUCUGCUUAACCAUCUCUGCGAGCAGCAACGAGACGUAGGGCACGGCGAAUGGGUGAAAGCGGUCGCUUCAGCCUCCUGUUUCGUCAUUCCGCUGCUGAGACUGAUACUCGGCGUGCCUGCUUUCUUGAGAUCUCAACGUGCCCAGAUCAGCAUGGGAAAAUCGAAUUCGCCAGACUCGGAUGAUCACUCAGAUUGCAGCUCAACCCCUCCGUCGCACAUUCCAAAGGCGGUGGAAGCGGCCUUGCUGCAAGAUCUUGUUGGUGCGGCGCUGGGACUUCUCAUCACCCUACUGGAAUCGGCACCAGAGUUGAUGCGUCACAAUCUCGCCGGCACACUCAUCAGCCUCUCCUGCGACCGGCGCAAAUGCGUCGAAAGGUGCAGGUGCGAGAGAAGGUGGCAACAGCCUGCCAUCGAGCUGCUCGCUCGGCUUUUCUUGACGGAGCGCCGCGCUCUGCACAGCGACGCUGCCUUUGAGAAAGACGAGGAAAAUGAUCAGCAGCAGUGGCGAGCUGAACACUCAAAGGAUCACGAUGAUGCUUCGGCUGCCGGAGCUUCCUUCCUGUCUGGGUGCAUAGCCGUUGCUCUCUCCUUGAGUGUCGUCGGCCAUCCCUCCAAUUUGGCUUCUCUGCUACGCGGACUCGGCUCGAGCGGUGUGACUUCAUCUAGAAGCCCUGCAGAGGGCUUCACGCCAAGCUCUGCGCUUGAACCUCUGAUUUCCAGUCUGGAAGAUUUCGCCCACUGGAACGACGCGGUGCAGCGCAGAGCUCUAGCGGAAGUCAUCGCUGAUGAAGAAGAGGACCCUACGGAUGUUGACGACGCACGACAACCCCAGGAACACUCUGGUCAGUUUCGCGGACCGGCCGGGCCAGAUGCUGAGAGUCAGUUCCUGUGGGAGCGUGUCGAAGACAUGCGAAAGGUUUCUGCAUCUAAUUCGUCGCAAUAG